UGGAGUGAGCCCCUUCACCCGCCAAUGUGAGAGAGGUCGAUCGAACAGAGGCAUGAUGAGGUUGUACGGAAGUGUGUUACUGAUGGAUCGAAGCAUGGGUGGGGGUGGGCCGGGCUGGGUGGCCAUGGAUAAGAACUCCACGUCGGGAGGAGGCACUACACUGCGAGCCUUCCGAAUGCGGCAGUGGGUGCUCACAUUGAGACGGGAGUGGUCGUUUUGCCAUCCAUUCAACAUGCUCCCCGCGCCAACUAUGGUGCUGCUGGCUUACAUCGGCCUUGCACUUUGGCUGGCCUCACUGCUCGUGCGGACCCUGUUCUCUCCUCUGCCCCACUCUGCCUUGCGGCCGCCAGGCAUUCAUCGCCAUCGUCGGCACGGUACGAAGGCCAUGGAGGUCCACAUGAGCGGCACAGGCCAGCAGGAACGCGCACCGGUGUGCAAUAUCAUGCCGCAUCUGCAAGACCUAAACUCUAGCCCGUUCGCACAAAUGACGUCGGGGCUGUGUAUGGGAACGUCCAUGGACGGCGCUGUCAGGCUUCCUCCACGUCGGAUUUUCCAACCGCUCCCGGAGGACAUUCACACAGGUGGGCAGCGCAACGGUCCUGCUCCAUACUGGAGACCAGCUUUGGACGGUGGUGCAAGCAUCCCUCCACACCUUCAACUGCUUCCGGAUGAUAUGUCAGUGCAGGGCCAGUGCACCAAAGUGCAGUAUAGCUCUAGCAUCCUCACUGGCACGACAGUACCUUACGUGGCAGGAGGAGUGCCGUCGCUGGAGGAUGUUGAGGACAACACCACGGUUGGCCAGUCCCGGACACGCAUUGCUCCUUCUAGGAGCCAGCGUCACUUGUCUGCCGACUAGCCCACACGGACAGCGGGUGCAUCUCACGCUGCAUCAACAAAGUAUUUGAGCCCGU